AUGGAGGGUGUUGUGUUCGACUGUUCUGACGCCAGCAGCACCGGGUCGGCUGAAGGAUGCCAGUGGGAACUCGACAUCGAUCCCAGUGUCAAUGGCGUGAACACGGAGAUGGACGUCGUCGUCACAGCUGAGUCUUCGGAAUGCCUACAGCAGGAAAUCUGCAGCGAUGCAGAUGGCGGCAUCUUCUUCGAAGAGUCAAUGUCAAGUGGGUCAUCCAUGUCCGUCGUAACAGACCCCGAUGCAGAGUUGAAUGGUGCUGAUUGUGAUUGUAGUGCUGGUGAUACCGUCGCGACUGACGAGCGCAUCAGCACCCUUGUCAGUGCAUUUCGUGCUGGAGUCUUCAUGGUGGAGUUCUUGCAGCAGAGCUUCGGGGAGCACCACUUGAGACAGAGCUCUUUGAACUGGCUGCAUUUGUUCUCUUCCCAGUGCUCCGGCAUCGCCUCCGCAGAGCAAGCUUACCAUGUCCUUGAAGCUUCGCUGGAGGCUGUGCUGGGAUGGCCCAAACAGUGGCAGCAGGCUUCGGUUUGUGAGAUCAACGCGAAAUGCAUUGACAUUUUGAAGAAGAAAGUCCCAGAUGACUGUUGCAUUUUCAUGGACAUCUUUGAGUCUGUUCCCGCCAGCUGGGAUUCCAAGUUGGGGCCGGCUCCGACAAUUCAGGAGCGGUGGGAGGCUUUGUGCUCGGCAUGGCAGGGGAACAUCAAGCUGAAGUGCCGAGCGCACGGAGGUUUGUGCAGACAGAAGAAAUCAACCCUGAACGUGGCAGGAACUCCUUGCCAACCAUGGUCCAGAUGUGGCAAAAAACUUGGAGGAAACGAUCGACGCAGCGACGUUACCUUGGCGUGGCUGUGCUGGCUGUUGCAUGCACAGCCAGCAGUCGCCAUACAUGAGAAUGUGGUUGGGUUUGAUAGCUCUAUCAUCACCACAUGUGUGGGUUCGCUGUACAGUGUCAUCAUCCUGCCUGUCAAGCCUGGCAAUGCUGGAUUUGUCUUCGCUGGUCGCCCUCGCCAGUUUGCCGUACUGGUGCGGAAAGACUUGGUCAUCACGCAUGACAUGUUGCGUGUUUUACAUGCAGCUUCGGAAUACAUCAACAACAGAGUUGGGUGCUCGCAAGUGUCCGCAUGCAUGGCUGUAACGUCUGAUGAGGAACGUUUGCAGUGUGAGAACAAAGCAAGGAAGAAGCGAGGGUUGCAUCCGCUGACGAAGGCAAGCGAUGAUUGGAGUUAUCUGCUCACGGACAAGCAGCGCCAGUACCUCAAGAACUACAUACAACGUUGGACGUCGAGCAGUGGCUUGGAACAUCCACCAGCAUUGUUCCCUGAUGACCUGCUUAUGAACUUGGCGCAGGACCCGCUUGUGAGACCAGGCACUUUCCGCUACAUGCCUACACUUCGAGCCAGCGGAAACAUUCUUUGGAGCCCUGCAAAGAAGAGAUGGAUGCUGGAGAGUGAGUUGGCACUCGCCAUGGGGUGGCCCAGAGUGCAAGCCGUUGCUUCAGCAGCUUCAAUGCCCGUGGACAAUUUUGACUACAGUGUGUCUCAGCUCGGCAAUUCCAUGCACGUGUAUUCUGUGACGCUCGUUUUGGCAGUGGCGCUGGCAUGUACAAAGCAAGUCUAA